GGUGCUGGACCUGAUGGAGAGCGACCUGCACCAGAUCAUCCACUCCCAGCAGCCCCUGACGGCCGAGCACACGCGCUACUUCCUGUACCAGCUGCUGCGCGGGCUCAAGUACGUGCACUCGGCCAACGUCAUCCACCGCGACCUCAAGCCCUCCAACCUGCUGGUCAACGAGACCUGCGAGCUGAAGAUCGGCGACUUCGGCAUGGCGCGGGGCCUGAGCGCGCGGGCCGACGAGUCCCGCUCCUUCAUGACGGAGUACGUGGCCACGCGCUGGUACCGCGCGCCCGAGCUCAUGCUGUCCCUGCACCACUACAGCCUGGCCAUCGACAUGUGGUCGGUGGGCUGCAUCUUCGCCGAGAUGCUGGGCCGCCGCCAGCUCUUCCCGGGCAAGAACUACGUGCACCAGCUGCAGCUGAUCCUGUCGGUGCUGGGCACCCCGCCCGAGGGCGUGAUCGGGGCCAUCGGCGCGGAGCGGGUGCGCUCCUACGUGCAGAGCCUGCCCUCGCGCGCGCCGCUGCCCCUGGCCUCGCUGUACCCGGACGACCGGCAGAGGGAGAGGGAGGAGAAGCGGCGGCGGCGGCAGGAGCGCGCGAGGGAGCGGGAGCGCAGGCUGCGGGAGAAGGAGAGGCGGGAGGGGAAGAAGGGGGAGUCCCUGCGGGGGGUGCUGCUGAGCGACAACGACAAGAGCCUGCUGGAGCGCUGGCGGCGGAUGAUGGACGGCCGGCGCCAGCCAGUCAGGGAGGGCGCCGCCCCCGCCGGGGACGGGCCUAAGGAGCGGGAGCAGGCCCCGCCCCCCCCGGCCCCGGCCAAUCAGGAGCUCCCGGACCUCGUCAACGGCCUCCCGUCCGGCAGGACCGAGCCGCCCCCCGGGAAGCCCAACGCGGCCCGGAACCUGGCCCGGUUCUACCAGCCCGGAGCCCCGGCCGCGGGGCCCUUCGCGAACCCGCCGCUGCCCGCGCCGGCGCCCCCCUGUGGUCUGGGGGACAACAGCGCCCCGAAAGUGAAGCUCAAGUCCGGGACGCCCAUCUUCCCCGCGCAGACGCCGUGGCGCUGCCCAGAGGCGGGGAGCUCUGUUGCCGUCGUCGGAGGAGGAGGAGGAGGAGGAGGAGCUGCGGGAGUCUGCGCGCAGCACCCUUCCCAAGACCUCCUCCCCCCUUGCGCCCACCCCCACCCCGUCCCCCCCAGCAUGCCCCCGGCCCAGCUCCUGCCCGCGGGCGAUUUCCUCGGCAAGGGCCCAGGUUUCGGGCCCGGACAAGGCCUCUCCUCUCGGGCUGUCCUGCUGAGCGACAGCACCGACACCCGGACCGCCCCCGGCACCGGUACCACCGCCGCCGGCGCCGCUCCAGCCCUGCAGCCUCCCUGCCGGCCCCCAGCGCCUGAGCCCGGGCCCCUGGUGCCCCCUCUGACCAUCCAGGACCUCGGCUCUUCAGAGCAGCCCAGCACCAGUGUCCCCGACAUCCACGGCAGUGGCGCAGGGUACGGUGUUGGGUUCGACCUGGAGGAGUUCCUCAACCAGUCCUUUGAGUUGCCUGCCGAGUGCAGGGACAGCCACAGCGACUCCGCCCCCCUGUCGGCGUCUCUGCUCUCCGAUUGGCUGGAGGUGCACAAGAUGAGCCCGGCGGACCUGGAAUCCCUUCAGCAGGAGCUGCAGCUGGGCUCUCCCAUGAUCCUCUCUGACACGCCCACCCUGCCCGACCCCUGACCCCCGACCCCUGUCCCCGGAAGGGGCCGCUGUGAAACCCUGCCCUGUGCUCGGCCGCCCGGAUAGGCUAGGUCCAAGCUUUAGCUUGCCUCUGACGGGCUGGGGGCUUGGGUUCGAGGGGGCAGGAGUCCUGCGAACAGGACAACGCCGACCGGUGCCCGGCGAGAAAGAGGCACCAAGCGACGAUUGUGAUCUUUCUUUCUCUGGCGCCCGUUUGUCACAGAUUCCCUUUCACCCUGAAACGGAUGUGGCCCAUUUGGCCCUGUCUUCUGGGACACUAACACUCCGGUAUCAGCCAGGAUGUCCUAUAUUUCAACAUGGAAAUUGUUUGUCCCCUUUCGGGGGCGCCCCUCGUCACGAAUCGGCCAACUUACUUUUCUUUUUCGAUUUGCAUGCCGGAAAUCUUGCAUGCGACUAUUUGCGCAGUAACCACUAGGUGGCGCUCAGGUGUGUAACCCAGCAUUGCCGGCCGACAACAGUUGCCGGUUUGGAAAAUUAAAAUGCGCUGCACGCAGCUCGCCUGACCUCUUUCAGAGCCGCUCGACUUGUAUGUUAGCAAAUUCCCAUUUUCAAGCUAACUCAGGAGCCUGAAAUCCAGGUCUUACAGUGGCUCCUUGUGCCCGGUUUAAGACUGUGGGACUUAACCAUAACAAUUGCUCUCCCCUACCCCCAUCGCCAUGUCGUAUAUGACAUCGAUCGCAAGCAGGAGUCUUUCCAGGCUUCAGCGUCCGUAAGGCAGCAUGUGCCCAAUCGUUGUAUCGCAACGCAGAGACGUAGUCCAAGCUGUAACCAGAGGGCUGUCGAAAGAGGUUGAAAUACUACCCCCCCCAUCCCCCAAAUGUGGUACAGUAUUUCAUAAUAAUAAUAAUAAUGGAGGGCAACAGAGGGUCGAGGGGAGG